UAGAAUUGUCAUUACUUAUCUUUUCAGUCAUGGCAUCCUCUAGUAAUCCAGCACUAAAUCAGGAGCUCCAGUGCUCCAUCUGUCUGGAAUUGUUCACUGAUCCAGUCACCACUCCAUGUGGACACAACUUCUGCAGAACCUGCCUGAGCGAGUGCUGGACAAACACACAGACCUGCUUCUGUCCACUCUGUAAAGAAACAUUCAGCAAAAGUCCUGAUCUCAAGAUUAAUUCAACACUCAGAGAGGUUGUUCAACACUUUAAGGAGAAGCUCGAUCUAGGAGAAUAUGAGGUAUUCUGUGACAUCUGUGAUGAAAGAAAGCAGAAAGCUGUGAAGUCCUGCCUGUCGUGUCAAAUCUCUUACUGUGAUGAUCAUCUGGAGCCUCAUCUUAGAGUCCCACGUCUAAAGAAACACACACUGAUCAACUCUGUGGAAAAUCUGGAAGAUUAUAUAUGCCAGAAACAUGAGAGACCUCUGGAGAUGUUCUGCAGAGAUGAUCAGACAUGUGUUUGUCUGUUCUGCACUGAAGGAGAACACAGGACUCACAACACUGUUCCUAUAGAGGAGGAGAUUCGAGAGAAGAAGACACAGACAGACGAGCAGCAGAUGAUCCAGAAGAGAAUGAAGAAGAUUCAAGAGAUCAAACACUCGGUAAAGCCGAGAAAAACUCUCACCUCUAAUGAUGGUUUCUUUACUUCAUCUCGAACCGUCCACAUUUCAAACGGGAUGAUUAUUGGUCUGGGUGUCCUGUUGGUAGCAGUGUUGAUCAUCAUGCCUACACAAUACACCAGAUUUCAGUCUGAGCAGCAGAAGAUGAAGGAACAGCAGAAAGCAGCAGAGAAACAGGCUGAAGAUCUCAUUAAAGAGCUGAAGAGAAAUAACACUGAGCUGAAGAUGAUGGAGGAACAGCAGAAAACAGCAGAGAAACAGGCUGAAGAUCUCAUUAAAGAGCUGAAGAGAAAUAACACUGAGCUGAAGAUGAUGGAGGAACAGCAGAAAACAGCAGAGAAACAGGCUGAAGAUCUCAUUAAAGCGCUGCAGCAGGAAAUCACUGAGCUGAAGAGAAAAAUCACUCAGCUGGAGCAGCUCUCACACACUGACGAUCAUCCUGAUGUCAUACAGAUGUACUCAUCCCUGUACAGUAUUUUACACAAGAACUCUGAUGUGGAUGAGAACUCUCUAAGUCUACUGAAGGAACAGCUAAAUGAAAAACUCACUCAAACAGUGUUGAAGUUUGUGCAGAAGUUUGCAGUGGAUGUGACUCUGGAUCCUGAUACGGCGAAUCCAUAUCUCAUCCUGUCUGAUGAUGGAAAACAAGUCAGUCAUGGACACAUUGAGCGGAAUGUCCCAAAAAACCCAAAGAGAUUUGAUGUCUGGUUUUGUGUUCUGGCAAAGCAGGGAUUCAGUUCAGGGAGAUUUUACUAUGAGGUGCAGGUGAAGGGAAAGACUGAAUGGACUUUAGGAGUGGCCAGAGAAUCCAUUAACAGGAAGGGGUCAAUCACACUGACUCCUGAUAAUGGAUACUGGACUGCGAUUCUGAGAAAUGAGAAUCAAUAUGCAGCUCGUGACGAUUCAUCUGUCUCUUUAUCUCUGAGAGUGAAACCUGAGAAGGUGGGAGUGUUUGUGGAUUAUGAGGAGGGUCUGGUCUCUUUUUAUGACGUGGACUCCAGAUCUCAUAUCUACUCUUUCACUGGUCAGACUUUCACUGACAAACUCUAUCCAUAUUUCAGCCCAUACCUUAAUGAUGAAGGUAAAAACUCAAAGCCACUGAUCAUCACACCUGUCAGCUGAUCCUUCACCGGGGGUUUGACUGACAGGCCAUCUAACCAUAAUGCUGAAUCUGCCAUUUUGUCCGACAAAGCACUCAGGGGAGUUAGUAGAUUAACGUCGGUGGACUUGAACUUGAAAAAUAGUGUACUGACGUCUUUCU